GAAUUGUUAUUAUUCUCCUCCCUGCCUGUAACUCAUUGAUUACCUAAUUAAUCAACUCCUAGCAAGUAAAUUUACAUAUUUAUCGGUCUAACCUAAUUAGCACUCGUCUCGGUUGUGUCAAUCUCAACCCUUAACGUCUCGGCUUCGAUUACUGAUCAUAUAAAGACACAGAAACAGAACCUCCGAAGCGGAUUAAUGCCUUGCAACUAUUUCCUAUUUAGAAUGAUUCUACAAUGGAUUUCUAAGCUUGACGACAUAAAGGUGUAUAUUGGAAAAUGGUUUCUCAGCAGGAAUACUAAUCACCAUUCUCAGACUUAGUAACGUGGCCGGUUUCGACAUACUGGGUGCUUUGUGUGGAGCCCUCGAGAAGGGGAUUAGGUAUAUAUAUAUGUAUGUAGGUUCAUCAUGUAGAACAGUCCCUUUCAAUCAAAGUUCCAAUCAUAUAUCAAGAGUAUAUAAGGAUACAAAACGUCAAAAGAAGUAGUUCACUUCAUUGCCUGUUAUUUCUAUAAGUCAAUCAGUCAUUUAUACAACAGUAAUUCUAUUUAUCCUACUUCAAAAUGGCAAUUCCAUCCUCAAACAACAAGACAGUCCUUAUAACCGGCAUCAAUGGCUAUAUAGCCAGUGUCCUAGGUCUGCAUCUCCUUCAAGCCGGCUAUUCUGUUCGCGGCACCACUCGUCGUGUCUCUAGUGCGGAACCAUUGCUCAAAGGUCCUUAUGCACCUUACAUUGACCGAGUAAAGAUAUAUGAAGUACCUGAUAUGACAAUUUCUGGUGCUUUCGAUGAAGCUGUUCAAGGCGUCGAUGGAAUCUUCCACACUGCAUCUCCCAUAGACAUGAAGCUUGACACCUACGCCCAAGUUGUCACUCCAGCCGUAGAAGGCACCAAAACCGCUCUCUUUUCCGCCCUAAAAGCCGGACCCCAACUCAAAGCUGUAGUGAUAACCUCCUCCAUCAUCGCCGUCUUCAAUCCCCGCACCGACGACUACACCUUCACCGAAAGCGACUUUGCCUCCGUCUUCCUCGCCCAAGCCCAAGAAGAUCUCAAAGAAAGCCGUCCUACCCGCGCCGGAGUCCUCUACGGCGCCUCCAAAACCGCCGCUGAAGAAGCCGUCUGGAAAUUCCGCACUGAGCGUUCCCCCUCCUUCGCAAUCGCAACCAUUAACCCCGCCUACGUCCUCGGACCCCCAGCAUACCUCCCCGAAACAGGCGAGAAACUAAACGACACCCUCCAACCCAUCUACAAAAUCCUUACCGGCGCCACCAAAACCAUCCCUGCUGACGCCGGCAGCAGCAGUACCGUAGACGUGCGCGAUGUAGCGGACAUGCAUAUCUGGGCGUACGAACACCCCGAAAAAUCAGACGGGGAGCGCUACAUCGCGUGUUCGGGCCCAGGUCCCGCACAGGGACAGGCUGAUAUCCUGCGGGAGUAUUUCAAGGAGAAGGGGGAUGAGGAAGCUCUUGCGAAGAUCGUGGUUGGGACUCCCGGGAAAGAUUAUGUAGGAUAUAAUAAGGAAACAGAAAAGGUAGAGAGUGUGGAAUGGCUUCCGGGGGGAGUGCAUAUAAGUGGAGAGAAGGCAGAGAGGGAAAUGGGAUUCAAAUAUAGGAACUUUAAGGAGAGUUCGAUUGAAACGGCGGAGGCGUUAAAACCUUUGCUUUAAGGGGAAUUGGAGAGAAGAUUUUCGACAUAUACAGUUACUUCAUGUACUUUUAGACAACCGCUUACAAAACAAACCAAACCAAUAAAAAUGAUUCUCAGAACAACAAAAUGCAAAUUCCGAAUUCCAAAGUCCA